AUGUCUCGCAUUCCGAUAUUACGUCCUCCAACGACUACUAAAGAUAAUAAGCCUACUUUUACAAGUGGUCGUAACAUAACAAGAACAAUAGGCAAUGGGCUCAGUGAGGCUGACAAAAAAAAUCUAUUAUUAAAUCAUACAAAACCUUUUAGUACUUCCCACACUACAGUUGCAGCUCCGCGGCUUAAAAAGUCUGCCACUGUACCUUCUGCAGCUGCAGUGCCUAAUAGACUAUCGAAAGUCGAAAAAAAGACCACAACAGUUGCACCGAAAAUUCCUCCAUAUGAUUACAAAGCUAGAUUCAAAGAUUUAGUUGAAAAACAUAAGGCCAUUAAAAGUGAAAUGAAUGAUUUAAGAAAUAAGUAUUUAGAAGUAUCUGAUGAAUAUGAAAAAAUAAAAGAAACUGUUGAGGUACACAAAACCGAAAGAGACCUAUUAAAUGAGAAAUUACUUAAUACUCUCGAAGAUUUGAGGCUGAAGUCAAGUGAAUAUGAGAGCUUGAAACUGGAUAAUGAAAUUCAGAAACAAGAAUUACAUGAUAAAACUCUACUUUUGGAUGAUGUGACUCAAAGCUUAAAAGUUAAAACAUCCGAGUAUGACAAACUCAAGAUAGAAUUUGAUGACCUAACUCGCCAUCAUAAAAGUUUAAGUGAAGAAGCCGAAGCAUUAAGAGGUUUGACUGAUCCUCUCAAGAAAAUAUCAGUAGAAUACGACCAAUUGAAGUUAGACCUUAAGGAAGCAAUGGACACAACAGCGGUUUUGCAAAAUAUUUUAGCUACCAUGUAUAGAGAUCAACGCAUUUUAAGAAAAACUGUCGAAGAUUUAAAUGGAAAUAUACGGGUGUACUGCAGAGUCCGUCCCACACUAGAGUCAGAGGCUUCAAAGCCUUUAUACAAUCUUAAUGUUCUUGAUGCUUGUUCUAUUGAAGAAGAAAAGAAUGAACUUCUGAAUUCAGCUAAAAAAGGAAAAUCUCAACACUCCUUCUCCUCUAACGGCAUAUUCACACCUAAUUCAUCUCAAGAAGAUGUUUUUGCCGAAGUUUCCCCAAUGGUUCAAUCUGCUUUAGAUGGCUAUAAUGUUUGUAUCUUUGCAUAUGGCCAAACUGGUUCUGGAAAAACAUACACUAUGGAAGGUGGUUGUGAGGUGGAAGAGUAUGGUAUUAUCCCAAGAGCUAUAAACAUGAUUUUUACAUGUAUGGAAGACUUGAAAAGAAUGGGAUGGGAAUUGACUAUAAAUGUUUCCUUUUUAGAAAUUUACAAUGAAAUCAUUUACGAUUUAUUAAAUUCUAGCAAAGAUCAAGAAAGUCAUGAUAUAAAAAUGGUAAACUCAAAAGGUACAGAGUUACAUGUAUCUAACCUAAAAGAAGAAAAAGUAAAAAGCACUCAUGACUUUAUCGGGUCGUUGAUAUUUGCACAACGUAACAGACAAACUGCAGCAACAUUGAACAAUGAAAGAAGCUUUAGAUCUCAUUCAGUUGCACAAAUAAAAAUAUCAGCUAUUAAUGAAAAACAAAAAGAAAAGUUUACUAGUAACUUGACCUUGGUGGACUUAGCUGGUUCUGAGAGUGGAAAAAGAAGUCAAAGAAUGGACGAAACAAAACAUAUUAACAGAUCACUUUCAGAUCUAUCCAACAUUAUAUUGUCUUUACAAACUAACCAGUCCCAUACCCCAUACAGAAAUUCUAAACUUACUCACUUAUUGAUGCCCAGUCUUGGGGGCAAUUCUAAAACACUUAUGUUGGUCAAUAUUGGUCAAUUUGAUGAGAGUUUUAACGAGACUCUUUAACUCCUUAAGAUUCGCCACAAAGGUAAACAGCUGCCACACAGGUAAAGCCAAGAAAAAUAUUACUAUGUUUGAUUUAUAAUUAGUAUUUUGAUUAUUA